AUGGAAGGUGAUAUUUUCAUUGAACCACCUAAUCCUAGUGUCGAUACUGAUGAAGAUUCAGGAGAUGAAGAUGGGAGUGGUUUAGUUGAUAAUCUAUCAUCUCGACAAUUGACGGCAAACGCUGAAAUUCGAUUAGAGGCUAGGAAAAAAUCCAAACAAAUAUCUCGCUGGGAAAAGGGGGCAGAUUUUGACAUCGAAAGACCAGCUUCAUUUCCAAAACCAGAUUACUCUAGGUAUAAAAGUAUGUCUGGCAUCGAGAUUUUUGAUAAAUUUAUUGAUACUGAAAUUAUUGAACAUUUAGUUGUAGAAACUAGAUGGUAUGCAUUAUUUUUAAACUGCCCAGAUCCUAACAUAACAGCAGAAGAAAUUCGUUGUUUUAUUGCGAUACUAUAUAUUUUUGCAGAUUUGUCGAUUUUUCAUCUUGCUAAUAACAUUGGUAUCAAUCAAAAUGACAAAGCGUGGAAAAUACGCCCAGUUAUGGAGAUGCUAAAAAAAAAAUGUAUUGACAAUUUUAUUCCUGAACAACAUCUUGCUUACGAUGAAAGUAUGGUCAAAUAUUUUGGACGACAUAGUUGCAAACAAUUCAUACGUGGGAAACCGAUUAGAUUUGGAUACAAGGUAUGGUGCCUGAACACAAAAGAUGGGUAUUUAGUCAAUUUUGUACUUUAUCAAGGCAAAAGCCCAAAAUCUAACACUGUUUACGAACAAUUAUUUGGUAAAGCUGCAAGUCCAUUAUUAGUUCUUAUAGAUGAAAUUCCCGAAGAAAAGAGGCAAUAA